AUGAAAUUGCAUAAUAAAAAUCUUUUCAAUUUGUCAUAUUGUUCUUCGAUCGACAUGAGCUUCGCCAAUGCGUUCCAAAAAAUUAUCGAUCAACCUGAAAAGUUUGACUCGGUGCUAUUCCACGAUGAGAAUGUAGUAAUUAUUAAAGAUAUGUUUCCCAAAGCCGUUCGUCACUUGUUAGUAAUACCUCGUCACCCCGAUGUCACUCACCAGCACCCAUUGGAUGUAUUCAACUCAAAUUACAAGGAUUUCACUGGCGAGGAAUCUUAUAAGAUGAUAGAAGAGUACGUGGACAGGGCCAAAAAUUUGAUAGCAGAUAGCUUGCGUGAAAAGUUGGGUGUUAAAGAUGACGCGCUGGUUCAAGAAUUGAGAAAUAAUUUUAUCAAAGCUGGGGUGCAUUCAAUACCCUCGUUGAACAAUUUACACAUCCAUGUGAUUACACAGGACUUUCACUCACCAAGACUAAAGAAUAGAAAACACUACAAUUCAUUCACCACCAAGUUUUUUGUCCCCUUUGAUCAAUUGAAUCCCUUGUAUAAUGAGGUUUACAACCGUUUAAUUAAUCGGAAUGACAAUUUUGAUUCAGCAUCAGAGACAUCUUCAGCGGAAGUACAAGACUCGGAUCAAUCCGAAUUUACAAGACAUACAAGGUCAGUAGUUGUGUUGGAGAAUAUUAUCAAAUCAACACCUCUCAAAUGUACUAUAUGCCAUAAAACGUUUGGUAACUCGAUGGUUAAAUUAAAAGACCAUUUAAGUGAGGAAUUCGAAAAGAAAUUCUCAGCUUUAGGAAAUCCGGAAAAUCUAACAAUAAAUGACUUUUAG